AUGCAGAAGAAGGAGGAGAAGAUCAGGAACAACCUGAGGCACAUCCUCCCCUCCAACAUGCUCAGGAACUCACGUCGCCGAGAAAAUCCUGAAGACGAUUCCGCGCAAGAGCUUGCGAAUGAUUGCGGAGUGAAGAUGAUAUGGUGUGGGGGAAGGGAUGCAGUAACGGAGGUUCACGUAGCCAACAUGUGCCAAGAGACUGUCGAUUGGGCGUCCUGCGAUGGAUUUUGGCAACUUUAUCUCACUCCUGGGACAUUUCACAUUGAAAUCACAAUGAGAAGCGGGAGGCCUGUAUGGUCCGGAGAAGUCUCGAUCAAGGAGGAGGAAUGGAGGACACUCGAGAUAGGGCACCUCUUCGCCUCCUGCGAGCAGCAUGCUGAGAAACGUAGUCAAUUCUCCUUCCCCAACGGACGGUCAGCAUGUUCGUUCCUCUGCUGCUACGCAACCAUAGCUCUCCACGAAGUCCUUGGGCUGGGCUCCGAUAUUGCGAGGACGGAGGUCUCGGGUGAAGAUGUGAUGAGGGUGGUGGACGAAGGGAUGUCUCUCUUCGAGGACCGGGACGUCAGCGCCCUGCUGCGGGACUUGGGGAUGGAGCACAUGAGCGUGGAGGAAGCGAUCGAGUUGUGCGGGCAUGCUUGGAGCGACAAGGGAGCGCUGAGGAUCAAGGAGACGUUCUGGGGAUCGCUGAGUGAUCCUUCUUCCAUCAUGCAUCUGAUCCAGGAAGCCUCGUCCUCGGAAGCGCGUCCUCCUGGCUCGGGGGGGAGCAGGAAUCACGGGAUAAAGUUUCUGUGCAUGACGAAGCCGCCAGAGACUGUCUUGAUGCUUGUCGCUCCUUCCCUGGACCUCUACAGCGUUCUCGACACUCACACCCGGACGAUCGGCACCUCCCAGUAUCCUGCGAGCAUUUAUCGUUGCCGCAAUCUAGAGGACCUUGCUCUGCUGCUCUGGACCAACUUCUUCCCGCUCCCUCCAGGGAUCGACAUCGAGGAGCUCGGAGCGUACGCCAUGUUCGAGCUCGUCUUACUCGAGUUCAUCCCCUCCUCUCCCGCCGCAGCGCAUCUUUCCUCACGCGCCGCUCACGCAGAAGUCAUGGAGACCGAGGAAGAUGCAGCAGCGCAGGACGGGGGAGCAGUGGAGGCUGCAGGGGGUUCCGAGGGAAGGAGGGAGGACGGGGUACCAGGUACGCAAAAGUCUCGGAGGAGGACAGCGCGUGCAAGGGAGCAGGAGGAGGAAGGGGAGGAGGGAGAAGAUAGGAUAGUGGUGCUUGAGUAA